AUGAAAGCCUUUGAAAAAGAGGAAUCCACCCCACUGAAAGGAGGGCGCGGCCACGCCAACCUGGUCUCCAAAUGCAAACUGUGCGGGCGCGAGAACAACCUCGACAUCCUGCAGGACAGCAUCCAACCGUACUGCGCCGACAACACCGAGGAAUUCCGAACCAUGGUCGUGUUCGAGUGCCGCGGGGUUGAACCCGUGGAUUUCUCCCCCAGGGUGGGGUUCGUGGCGGAAGGAGCGGAAUCGGGACUGAAGUUCGACGAAGUCGAGCUCACGGAGGGAGAGUGGAUGGACUACGACGAGAACGCGCAAAAUCCCGUGGGAAUCACGGAACUAGAGCAUCGCUUUGUGAAAGCGUGAAAGUAGCGACGUCGCUUUGAACUAUGACCUAUGACUGGUCAUAAGACCAUGAAGAAAUGCUUAAUUUUUUUUUAUAGAUACAAUGCUGUAAAUGCAGAAACUUUUGUGGUGGUUUAA